AUGGAGUCCAGUUCACCUUUUCUUUCACUCACGCCUGAGGUAAAGUACUCUCCGCCAUGGCAGGAUUUGAGCAUCAUCGGUAUCGCAGGCAGCUCUGGGUCUGGCAAGACCUCUGUGGCCGUUGAAAUCGUCAAGUCACUAGACCUUCCUUGGGUCGUGAUUCUAGUGAUGGACUCUUUCUACAAGACCUUAUCUCCCGAGGAUCAUCGCAAAGCUCAUUCAAAUGAAUAUGAUUUCGAUUGUCCAGAAUCGAUUGAUUUUGAUCUUCUGGUGGAAACCCUCAGGGAUCUAAAACAGGGAAAGAAGAGCCAAAUCCCAGUCUAUUCGUUUGCCGACCAUCAGCGCCAACCUCAGACCACCACUCUGUAUUCGCCUCGGGUGUUGAUCCUUGAGGGUAUUCUGGCACUUCAUGACCCCAGAAUUGCAGAGCUCCUUGACGUGAAGAUAUUCGUUGAGGCCGAUAUGGAUGUCUGCUUGGGCCGCCGCUUACUUCGGGAUGUCAAGGAAAGAGGCCGGGAUAUUGAAGGCAUUGUCAAGCAAUGGUUUGCCUUUGUCAAGCCAUCCUACACCAGAUAUGUAGAGCCACAGCGGGGAAUUUCCGACAUCAUCAUUCCUCGUGGAAUAGAGAACCUAACGGCCAUUGAUAUGGUUGUCAAACACAUACAGCGCAAGCUUCAAGAGAAGACAGAAAAGCACACCGAGGAGCUUCACAGACUCGGCCUCAUCGCAGCGAAAGUGGAAUUGCCGCAUAAUGUUCAUGUACUGCCUGCAACACCCCAGAUUGUGGGAAUGAAUACUAUUCUGCAAAGCCCUGAGACUGAGGAAGUUGAUUUUGUCUUCUACUUUGAUCGACUUGCCUCGAUUCUGAUUGAGCGGGCCUUGGACAUGACACAAUAUGUCCCGAUGGGCGUGGAAACACCACAAGGAAAUGAAUAUUUGGGUCUCAGUCCCCGAGGAACUGUGUCCGCUGUUGCGAUCCUCCGUGGUGGUUCUUGCUUGGAAACCGCCCUCAAGCGAACCAUCCCCGACUGCAUCACUGGUCGAUUGCUGAUUCAGACGAACGAGUCUAGCCAGGAGCCUGAGCUACACUACUUGAAGCUCCCGCCACAGUUAGAGGAGCAUAAUAGCAUCCUACUGUUGGACCCGCAGAUGUCUAGUGGAGGAGCUGCGCUUAUGGCUGUGCGUGUCUUGAUUGACCAUGGUGUCAAAGAGGAAAAUAUUAUUUUCGUGACAUGUGCAGCUGGAGAAACGGGUCUCAAACGCCUAGCCGCUGUAUUCCCUAAGAUUAAUGUCAUUGUCGGUCGGAUCGAGGAUGAGGGCGAGCCGCGGUGGAUGGAGAAGCGCUACUUUGGAUGUUGA